AUGAGGCACGAAGCGCCGAUGCAGAUGGCAUCUGCUCAAGAUUCCAGAUACGUCCAGAAAGAUACAUCUGACCAGAACUUUGAUUACAUGUUCAAACUGCUCAUUAUCGGCAACAGCAGUGUUGGGAAAACCUCCUUUUUGUUCCGAUAUGCUGAUGAUUCCUUUACGUCUGCAUUUGUGAGCACGGUGGGGAUUGAUUUCAAAGUAAAAACGGUUUUCAAAAAUGAAAAAAGAAUUAAGCUACAGAUUUGGGACACAGCAGGUCAGGAGAGAUACAGAACAAUUACCACAGCUUACUACCGGGGUGCAAUGGGCUUCAUUUUAAUGUAUGACAUCACGAAUGAAGAAUCUUUCAAUGCUGUGCAGGAUUGGUCAACUCAAAUCAAAACAUACUCUUGGGAUAAUGCCCAGGUUAUUUUGGUCGGUAACAAAUGUGACAUGGAGGAUGAACGGGUAAUCUUCACUGAGAGAGGCAAACAUUUAGCAGAGCAGCUUGGAUUUGAAUUUUUUGAAACAAGUGCCAAGGACAACAUUAACGUCAAGCAGACGUUUGAGCGACUCGUGGAUAUCAUCUGUGACAAAAUGUCGGAAAGUCUGGAGACGGAUCCCACCAUUGCUGCCAGCAAGCAGAACACACGGCUAAAGGACACCCCUCCACCACAACAGCCCAACUGCGGCUGUUAA